AUGUUAGCUUCAAUCUUUUUUUCAAAACGUUUCCGGCAAGUUACGCUGAGAAGGACUAGAAUAUCUGAGAACGGCGUCGUUCAGCAGCGACUGUGUCUCAGUGACGCUGGUCUUAAGUAUCUAGCUAUGGAAGCAACGUGCAGAGAAGCAUCUGAGGAAGAGGGAUUUGCGAGAACAGCGAAAACAUCAGUCUGGUGGGACAUUGAGAACUGCGGUGUCCCAAAAGGUUGUGAUGGCCAUAAGAUUGCUCUCAACAUUAAAUCAGCUUUGGGGAAAAUGAAGUAUUGUGGUCCGCUCGCCAUUUAUGCUUAUGGUGACAUUAAUCAAAUGCGUUCAUCUGUACAACAAGCUCUCUCCUCCACCGGCGUAUCACUCAACCACGUCCCUCCCGGAGUUAAAGACGGGAGCGACAAGAAGAUCCUUGUAGAUAUGUUGUUGUGGACAAUGGAAAACCGAGCUCCUGCUAAUGUGAUGCUGAUCUCUGGUGAUGGAGAUUACUCAUAUGUUCUUCACCGAUUGAGGAUGAUGGGGUACAACGUUCUUUUAGUGCGACCUGAGAGUGCAUCUCGCUUUUUAGUUGCUGCAGCAGAUAGAAUAUGGUUAUGGAGGAGCGUAGUUGCUGGUGGCUCUGGCUCCGAGGUCAGCAAGGGUGUGAACUCAGGCCUUGGUCGUUGAAAGUAAGAGUAGCAAGAGAUUCCGUGUGCAUGUUCCUUGUCCUAAUUAGUUAUAAUGUGAAGAAACUCGUAACCUCUUCAAGAACCAACAAGUAUGUAUGUUUUUACUUUAUAUGUGGCUUGUUGUUGAGUCUUAAGAUUAAACCAUUUUUUUCUUCUUAAUUUGUUUUUGUUGUGUAGGCUUCGAUAGUAUAGCCACUCAAAGCAGUCAUGUCAAAUCAAAAACUAUGUGGUGUAAGAUUUGCGAAGUCCAUUACGCAACAGCUGGGCAUGAAGAACAUACCUCAGGGAGAAAACACAAAAACAAACUUAAAGUAUAAACAUUGGGUUAUAAGUUAUAGCUUAUAAGUGAAAGAAAUUGCAAUUUGUGUAUUUCAGAACUGGUUUUGAGGUACUUGUCUUUAAAUGUAUUUUGUAAAGGAGGAAGUGAUCUACGAAAUUAUAAACGUUUUUGUUCUGUAAGAUAGCGUUUUUACACUGUCUUUUACCCCCAAAAAAAUUAGUAGAGUAUUAUUGUGGCAAAAAUAUUAAAAAUUUAAAAUUCGAGACCUCUAGAUAGAAAUGUGUGAUUUUAGUUCCGCUAAUUAAAACUUUCACAUGCGUCCAUCUGCCUAAAAUUAUUAAAUAAAAUUGCUUAACAUCCCAUUUUCUAGUUUUUCUGCUAAUUAGUAAUUACCGAUAUACAGUAGAUCGACUUCCAAAGUUACACACGGCUAUCGUAGAUUAUACGCUUUAUUCAAGAAAGAAAACUAAAGGUUUCUUGGUCGACACGGUAAAGAAAUAAGAUGGAAACUUCUUAAUAAUUAGUUAUAUAGCUCAAUAACCAUGCUUUAGUAAGAUUUGUGGUAGCCAGAGUUUGAUUCCCACUUCAAGUGUCAAAUAAAGGGUACAUAGGCCAUAGCAGUAUAUACAUAGUGAAUCAAAGAGAAAGAAACUAAACUAGAUUAUUAUGUUGCAGAAGGCAAACGUUGAUGCAAGAACUUGAUAAGAAUUUAACCAAAGAUCACUAGAACAUGCACUCAUUCUCGACUCAAAAUUCCGAGAAGAAAGGGAUACAGAAAAAGAAACAACAAAGGAACAUAAAAUAGUAGAGAUUGCUGAUCUAAGGUUUCAAGGGGUCCAAGAAGAUAACGAGUAGAGAUAAAUGCCAUAUCAGAGGAUGUUUGGAUGUGU